UUUCUGCAUUGAUAUAGCAAAAUAAAGAAAUUAAACAAGAAUACAAAAUUUGUAGUUAAACAGGAUAAUCUACAACCAUGCGGUCUAGUUACGGUCAUGAGAUCCCUACUAUCAUUUCCAUUCUUGUGUUGUCUUUCUUCUUGUUUUCACCUAUAUUUGUGGUAAAGGGUUCCGAAAAGUUAUGGCAAGAAAACGGAACUUCAGUGUUGGUUGACGAGUCUAAGAAGAUGAAGUUGAUAAAUGCUCAGCUUAAGAAGAUCAACAAGCCUUUUGUUAAGUCGAUUGAGAGCCCGGAUGGUGAUAUAAUAGAUUGCGUUUUGAUUCAUCUUCAGCCAGCUUUUGAUCUCCCAAAGCUAAGAGGAACGAUGCCAAUGGAUCCUCCCAAAUUACCAAAAGAACAUGGUAAAAGGAGAACAAGUUCUAGAGUGAAGCAGGCAUGGAGUUCAAAUGGUGAAUCAUGUCCAAAUGGAACAAUACCAAUAAGACGAACAAGUGCAAGUGACAUACUAAGAUCUCGUUCUAUAUCUAAAUUUGGAAAGAAAAUUAGUGCAAAAAACAACUCAAGUGGCCGAGGGCAUGAGCAUGCAUUGGGAUACUUGUUGGGAAAGCAAUACCAUGGAAUAAAAGCUACUGUAAAUGUAUGGGCUCCAAACAUUGCUCAUAAAGAUGAUUUUAGCAAUUCACAAAUUUGGGUUAUUUCUGAUAUUCCCAAUCAUGAUCUCAAUGUUAUUGAAGCUGGUUGGAUGGUUUACCCUGGGCUAUUCGGAGACAAUUCCCCAAGACUUUUUAUUUAUUGGACCAAUGAUGGGUUUCAAAAGUCUGGAUGUUACAAUUUAUUGUGUUCAGGAUUUGUCCAAACGAGUAACGAGAUCAGUGUUGGAGCUGCUAUUGCAGAAAUAUCAACUUAUAGUAAUAGCCAGUUUAAUAUCGACCUAAUGAUGUACAAGGACCCGGAGACCAGGAACUGGUGGUUGAGUAUGGAUAGCCACAUGAUAGGGUACUGGCCUUCGGCUCUGAUCCGGGAACUUGCAGACCACGCAACGAUGAUUCAGUUUGGAGGAGAGGUGUUCGAUAGUCAAGCAUCAGGUGGGCACACGUCGACUCAAAUGGGAAGUGGUCACUUCCCAGGAGAAGGGUUCGGGAAAGCUUCGUUUAUUAAGAACAUAGAAUUGGUUGAUGGGGAAAAUACUAGCAUCCCAGACUUGUCUGAUAUAAUUCUGGGUGCAGAAAAACCCAACUGUUAUGAUGUUACAAGUGGGUAUAAUGGCAUUUGGGAUAAUUAUAUCUUUUUUGGAGGACCUGGAAAUAAUCCACAAUGCCCCUAACAUGUUUGUUAUAUCAAUUUUCUA